GACAUUUUGAAGUUUGUUUAUGUUUUCCAUUACAUGCUGUUUUGCGCCGUUUUUCUUCCGUGUAAUUGGUGUUUUUUUUUGUGAUUUUGUAGCAAUUGAGCCACGAAAAGUAUGCCAAAAGUUGUUCUUAAAAGUGUAUAUAGCUUUAGCAGUGAGGAUCCUGCGUUCCCUGCUUCUAAUUUGUUGAAAAGUCUCAAAUGGAGGACUCAAGGAGUUGGCCAGGAAUCUGAACAUGUCACAUUCCAGCUCGAUAAACCCACAAUAAUCACUGGAAUUGAUUUGGGAAAUGAAUGUUCAUGUUUUAUUGGAGUUUUUGUUGCUCGAAGUGGCCAAGAAAUGAGUACGGAAAACUACCAGGAAAUCCUCUUAACGUCAUCCUUCAUGACUCCCGUGGAGUGUAGAUCACUAGAGAACAUCAAUAGGGUAAGAUGCUUCAGCAAAACAUCUCUAGUUGAGGAAGUGGCUAAGGAAAAGUGGGAUUUUGUCAAAGUUGUUUGUUCACAACCAUUCAAUGCUCACACUCAGUAUGGCCUAUCUUUCAUCACGAUUUACUCUCCAGAAGAGGAAGUCAAGGAGGAAUCGAGUAAAUUGGAUACGUUAAAGAGUCCCUCUGCCCUUGGUCGAUUUGCUUUGCGGGAAGAAUCCCCGGAAACUGAUGACAGAGGAACACUUUUCAACAAAUGGAAGCAAUCGAAAGAUUCAGAUCAGGGAUCUUCCAGUUCAGUUAGUGUAUCUCCAGCUUUGGCCAUUAGAAAGGCUUCAGCUGAACUUUUGACGAAGAAAACUACCACAGAGAAUGAUAAACCGGAUAAACCUACUGUAGAGACUCCUAAAACGCCAAAGGCUGAACCUCCAAGGAGAAAUCGUAUAAUCAAUCAUUCUGAUGAUUCCGAUGAAGAUGAUAGAGUGUCAGUGGCAAAGAAACCUAAACCCAAUGAAGAAACCAAACCUAAAAAGCCUGAAAGAGCAGUUGAAGUCAAGAGCCCACCUAAAAGAGUUUCCUAUCAACCGUUUUCACAACUCCUUAGCGGUGUUAUCUACACGAUAAGUGGCAUUCAGAAUCCGGAAAGGGGCAAUCUUAGACAAAAAGCCACGGAAAUGGGUGCCAGGUACAAACCAGAUUGGGAUAGCAGUUGCACUCAUCUUAUCUGUGCCUUCAAAAACACUCCGAAAUACAAUCAAGUCCGAGGAUUAGGGAAAAUUGUCCAGAAGGAUUGGAUUUUAAAUUGCUACGCUAAGAAAACUCGCUACCCUUGGCGAAGAUAUGCCCUGGAUCGGGGUGAUCGAGAUGAAUCGGAAAGUGAAGAUGAGGUUCAUGACGAAACACGUCGUCCGCCUGGUGAACCUCAAUCUCAAGCUACUUCAUCAAGGAAUCGCAUUGUAGACUCCGAUUCGGACACCGACGAUGAAAUCCAGAGGGUUUUGGCCGCAAAGGCUCCCCAAAAGGACAUUUAUGACAAGACCACAGAAGAGGAAGAUGAAGGACAGUCCUAAUUCUAAGAUUUUAAAAUUUUGUUGAUUCCCAAAAUUGUUUAAUAAACGUGACUUGAUGAUUCUUACAAAUUCUUAUUGAAAAAUUUUAAAAGAUUCUAACGAUAAAGUAGGCUGAGAAAUAAAAUCGAUUGUCUUUGUUUCCGGGA